GUUAUGUUGUGAUUUUUUUUUCUUUCUGCUGUUCCCUUAUUUUCAGAAAUGGAUGUGUUGGUAAAGUGGAAGAAAGAUGGGAGCCAGAAUAUUGUCAGUGCUGAAGACCUGCAUCUGGAUGGGAAGCGCUCAAUUAAGGAGGGUGCAACUGUUCAGAUGAGGGGGAAGUAUUCUUGGUGGAAAGGGAAGGUCAUCUCCAUAUUUCAGAGAAUUGUGCCAGAACGAAAUCAAGGUCCCAUAGGUCCAAGUGACUCUACUGGAGUGCUUCCACAAGGUCCCAAGGACUCUGCAAAUGACGGUGAGGACGAAGAUGAUCUUCCUCUGACAAUGCUUGUGCCAGAACGAAAUCAAGGUCCCAUAGGUCCAAUAGGUUCAACUGGAGUGCUCUCACAAUGUCCCAGGGACUCUGCAAAUGACGAUGAGGACGAAGAUGAUCUUUCUCUGACAAUGCUUGUGCCAGAACGAAAUCAAGGUCCCUUAUGUCCAAUUGGUUCAAGUAGAGUGCUCUCACAAGGUCCCAGGGACUCUGCAAAUGUUGUUGAGGACGAAGAUGAUCUUCCUCUGACAAUGCUUGUGCCAGAACGAAAUCAAGGUCCCAUAGGUCCAAGUGAUUCUACUGGAGUGCUCCCACAAGGUCCCAAGGACUCUGCAAAUGACGGUGAGGACGAAGAUGAUCUUCCUCUGACAAUGCUUGAGCCAAAACAAAAUCGAGGUCCCAUAGCUAGUUCAAGUGGUUCUACUGGAGUGCUACCACAAGGUCCCGGGGACUCUGCAAAUGAUGGUGAGGACGAAGAUGAUCUUCCUCUGACAAUGCUUGGGAAAGUAUCAUUGCAAAGGUGA